GCACGGGUUAUAGACUAGUAGUAUAUUUAAUAAGUGGGUAGGUGUAUAGCUUUUCUGUACUUUUAGUAAAUAGAAAAGAAAAAAAAAUCAUUUUUGUUCUCUACGCCUACAUUGAAGAAACGUGCUUUGUCUUUCUUUGUUCACCAAUAACAUUUUCAUUUUCUAGCCAUAUAUACUUGAAUAGUCUUCAUUCAAACGUUUCAAUUCAUCUAACAUAGUGUUAUCCCAAAUCAUCAUUCAUAAGGUAUCCUUAAGGGAUUAAUCAUUUGAAGAAAAAUGUCCAAGUUGGGAACAUCAUUAUUGGUGCCUUCUGUCCACGAGCUUGCAAAGCAGUCCAUCUUAGAAAUUCCAGAACAAUAUCUUCAAUCAAAUCAAGACCCUAUUGUUAUAUCCAAUACAACUUCUUUACCACAAGUUCCUGUCAUUGACCUAAGUAAAUUGUUACAUGAAGAUGAAACUGAGCUAGAGAAGCUACACCAUGCUUGUAAGGAAUGGGGAUUCUUCCAGCUGAUUAAUCAUGAAGUGAACCCUUCAUUGGUGGAAAAUGUGAAGAUAGGUGUUCAAGAGUUCUUAAAUAUUCCAAUGGAAGAGAAGAAGAAGUUUUGGCAAACCCCAGAAGAUAUAGAAGGGUUUGGGCAAUUGUUUGUUGUAUCUGAGAAUCAAAAGUUAGAAUGGGCAGAUUUAUUCUACAUUGAUACUCUUCCAUCCAAUGCAAGGAAUCCUCGCUUAUUUCCAAAUUUUCCCCAACCAUUCAGAAAUAAUUUGGACACCUAUUGUUUAGAAUUGAAGAAAGUUUGCAUCACAAUCAUCAAACAUAUGGAAAAAGCACUUAAAGUUGAACCAAAUGAAAUGGUAGAGUUAUUUGAUGAUCUGAGUCAAUCAAUGAGGCUGAAUUACUACCCUCCAUGUCCCCAACCAGAAAAUGUCAUUGGACUCAAUCCUCAUUCUGAUGCUGGUGCCUUAACAAUCCUUCUCCAAGCCAAUGACAUUGAAGGCCUCCAAAUAAGAAAAGAUGGACAAUGGAUUCCUAUUAAACCAAUCACCAACGCUUUUGUCAUAAACGUCGGUGACAUUUCCGAGAUACUGACUAAUGGAAUUUAUCGAAGUAUCGAACAUCGAGCUACAGUUAACUCAAAGAAAGAGAGGAUUUCAAUUGCAACAUUUCACAGACCUCAAAGGAACAAAGUUAUAGGUCCAACACCAUCACUUGUUACUCCUGAAAGGCCUGCAAUGUUCAAAACACUUUCUGUACAAGAGUACUACAAAGCAUUCUUCUCACGCAAGCUAGAAGGGAAAUCAUGCCUUGAUUCUAUAAGAAUCUAAAAUGAGAUUAGUAAGUGAUGAUAAAAUAAAAGUUCUAUAGGACUAUUUUGGGUUAAAAAUAAACAUGUUUUCUGAAAACAGUUACACUAUAUGCGGUAUCUGCAUAAUAAUAAUAAUAAUAAUAAUAAUAAUAUUGGUAUUUAAGCCUUAUUAGACACUAAGGUUGGUGUGAAGAAUCUGUGUUAUAAACUUUGGCCUACUGAGUUUGAUUCUUACUUCAUAAAAAAAGGUAGGAAGUUUAUUGUUAUUUUUUGGGCUUACAUGUCCCAUAGGUAAUUUUUUCAACAUACUAAUACAGGAUAAUUACAACACCAUCACUUGAAAUUGAAGAUCUCUAGUUGAGAAUUAUAUGAAUAAAAAUAUAUUAGAUGCA